AUGAAUGGAUGCUUAGGGGGUGAGAAUGUUACUGCAGAGAAAGUGACGUCACUGAGAAAGACUUUACUGAGGGACUAUGACCCUUACUUACGACCGCGCAGACGACAGCUUGACACAGUUGUCAUCAAUGCUACCUUUACUGUGAAGCGUUUCCAUGAUCUCAAUGAAAAAGAAGAAAAAGUUUCUCUGCUCGGAUACCUUCAGUUUCAGUGGAAUGAUGAAUUCCUUGUCUGGAAAAGAGAAGACUACUCGAAUAUCAGCGACAUUGUCGUAAAAACAAAUGACAUCUGGUGGCCAACAGUGAGUCUGGGUAACCCUAUCGGAAAUUUUGAGAACAUACGAAAUCACUACGGCAUCUUUCAUGUCUCGUCUUCUGGGGAAAUAAACUGGUCUGCCGGUGGUCUUUUCUCUGUAGCUUGCGACUUGAACUUAGAAAAGUAUCCAUUUGACACCCAUACGUGUGAUUUUGUGUUCGUGGUACUUGGAUACUCUUCAGAUGACGUCAUCAUCAAGGUAAAUCCGAACGUCCAGGAAAUAAAAGGAACAACGGAAUGGGAUGUUGUUAACGCAAGCAUGUUUGGAAUAUCAGGAGAAAAAUCUGGAUUGAUUGUCAGGUUCGUCCUUCAGAGGAAGUCAUUCUUCGUGGUUUUGACGGUGUUGUUGCCCUUAUCUUUGCUCUCUAUGUUGAACCUUUGUGUCUUUUUGAUUCCGGUUGAGUCUGGAGAGAAAACGUCAUUUGCUAUUACAACAUUUUUAGCGUACUCGAUUUACCUCUCAGCCCUGGGGUCCUCUCUGUCUGCGAAAGACAACAUAUAUCUGACCAUGUACAUAGAAAUUCUGAUGAUCACUGGUGUGAUUAUCGUGUUGUUUGUGAUUGGGCAGACAAGACUUUUCUUCUAUUACGGCGACCACCUCCUGCCUUGUUGUCGUGGAAAAACUGUGCAUGGUGAAAAUACUGACGUCAAAAAGACUACCACAAGGAAGCUAUCCAGAGAUAAUGUAAAACAGGCUAGAACAUGGGCCAGCAGCAUGGGGAUAUUAGACCAAGUGCUCUUUUUUCUGUUCCUCUGCAUUCUAGGCAUAAUAACUGUAUAUCACUUUUGGAUGAUGAUGUUUUGA